GUCGAUCCUCUCUUCUAUUCAAACCUUGGGGACUAGUUUUUAACCUUGGGGAGUGGGAAUAGUUGUUUGCGUAGGGUCGACGAUUGAUGUUGAUGGACCUGUACGUCCUUCAGGGUUCGUUUAUGUAGACUGGCGUAAUUGGAGGGAUUAAUGUUCUCUGCGGUGGGUUGUGGGGAUUCAGAGUAUAUACUGAGAGUAGUUGUUGACACAGGACGUAGACGUCACUGUCCUAGCGCUGUAAAAUCCAUGGCAGCACCUGGUACAAGAUUCAUCACUCGGCAAACAUGGUGGUUCGAGUGCUGAACUCAUGCCUUGUGGCCCCGGAGGAGGAGACCCCAAGGCUAUCCAUCUGGCUCUCAACCUUGGAUCUGUUUCAGAUUCGGUCUCACGUUCCCACCGUCUACUUCUACCGGCCGCCCAUCCAAGGAGACGGCUCCGGUUUCUUCUCCCCGGAGGUGCUUAAAGCUGGCCUGCGCAAAGCGCUGGUGCCGUUCUAUCUCUUCGCCGGCCGGAUCGGAACCGACGAUACUGGCCGGACGGAGAUCGAGUGCAAUGGGAAGGGCGUGCUGUUUGUGGAGGCCAAGGCGGAGGAGCUCACCAUCGACAAGUUCGGCGAUUUCGCACCCUCGCCGGAGUGCAGGCGAAUGCUAAUACCCACUGUAGAUCCUGGUGAAGGGGACGAUGCCAUCCCUCUACUGCUGCUUCAGGUGACAUAUUUGAAGUGUGGACUGGUGUGCCUGGGGGUCGGCGCGCACCACCUGGUCUCCGACGGUGUCGCCUCCCUUCUCUUCAUCAAUGCAUGGUCCGACAUCACCAGGGGCAUCGAACCCGCGGUGCCGCCCUUCCUCGACCAGUCCCUCCUCCUGCCUCGAUCCCCGCCUUCCGUCCGCUUCCCCCACGUCGAGUUCAAGCGCUAUGCUGCCGGCAUCCACACCUACGCCGACAUGCCUGCCAUCUCAACCGCCAUUCUCGAGCUCACAGCCGACCAGAUCGCAGCGCUUAAGCGCUCGUGCGCCGCGACGAUGCCCUCGCCCCGGCGCGUCACCACCUACGAGGCGGUGGCCGCGCACGUCUGGCGCCAAGCAUGCAUGGCCCGCCGUCUGGACGCCCACAGCGAGACCAGGGUCUACAUCACGACCGACGCCCGUCGUUGCCGGAGGGCUACAUCGGUAACGUGAUAUUCCCGACCGUGGCGAUCGCGGCGGUCGGCGACGUGGUGUCAGAGCGGCCCGGGGACGUCGCGAGCAGGAUCCACCGCGCCACCGCGAUCGCGGACGACGAGUACCUGCGCUCGGCGCUGGACUUCUUGGA